CCCCGACGCCUGCGCCGACUCCGGCCCCCACUCCGGCUCCUACUCCAGCCCCGACUCCGGCCCCGACUCCGGCCCCCACUCCGGCUCCUACUCCAGCCCCGACCCUGCGCCGACUCCGGCCCCGACUCCGGCUCCGACUCCGGCUCCGACUCCGGCCCCGACUCCGGCUCCGACUCCGGCUCCGACUCCGGCUCCGACCCCGGCUCCGACUCCGGCCCCGACUCCGGCCCCGACCCCUGCCCCGACUCCGACUCCGGCCCCGACCCCAGGCCCGACUCCGGCCCCGACCCCAGGCCCGACUCCGGCUCCGACCCCGGCUCCGACCCCUGCCCCGACCCCGGCCCCGACCCCAGGCCCGACCCCGGCUCCCACCCCUGCCCCGACCCCGGCUCCGACUCCAGGCCCGACCCCGGCGCCCACGCCAGGCCCGACUCCGGCGCCCACCCCGGCGCCCACUCCGUCAACGGUGACCUGCGGCUUUGGCCAAGUGCCGAACCCGUCGUCAACCGCGUGUGUGGCGGCAACGAUCGAGAGGAUGACGUGGACGGCGGCCGGGCUCAGCCGCGACGGCACGGCGACGCCGUCGACGCCUUUCUUCGCCGUGCUAAGCGUGCCGACUGGAUCGGUGCGGCGCGGGCUGCUCCAGGUCGGCGGGUCGGCUGUGACACUGUCGGCAACGCCUGCAUCGACGCGUGCGGUGCUGGAGCUGGUUGUCGGCUACUCGCCGUCGACGUCGGACCGGCUCGCCGCCAACGGACAGGCCGGUGAGCGGCAGUCGGUUGUCUUGGCCGACGCCGCCUCGCGUUCGACGUACUACGUCACUAUCCGGUCGAACGAGCCGACGUCGAUCACGUUUGCAGCUGAAGCCGGCAACGCCGACAACGUCCAGGUCUCGGGCGCUAGCACGAGCGGUAGCUCAAGCUCGGGCAUGCCUGUGUGGAUGUACGGCGCCAUCGGCGCGGGCGUCGUCGUUCUCUGCGUCGCCGUGGCGAUCGUGGUUGUCGUCCGUCGGCGCUCGUCGUCAUCGGCCUUUGUCUACACGGGCGACUCGUUCACGUCGGGCCCCAUGUUCCCACCAGCGUCGGCGGCUGUCGAGCGGGUCCGCGCCAAGUACGCGUUCUCGGGCGCCAACCACGACGAACUCGACUUUAGCAAGGGCGAAACCAUCCUUGUCCACGUCAUCCACGACGACGGUUGGGCGCUGGGCCAGAUCGAAGGCUCGUCGCGCCGCGGCGUUUUCCCCUACAACUAUGUCGAGCCGGCGCCAGCCGCCGCCGUUGUCGCCAAGCCGCCCCUCCGCCCGCUCCCGCUCUCCCGCGCGAGCCCGAGCCCGGGCUCCCGCCCGGGUCAGGUCUUUGCCGGUGAUACGGUUGCCCCAGGCCCGUUCCGCUCGGCCGCCAAGUCGCAGACCGCGCCCAAGCCCCUGCCCAAGCCCUUGCCCAAGCCGCUGACCGCGCCCAAGCCGGCACCCAAGCCCCUGCCCAAGCCGGCACCCAAGCCCAAGCCUAUGCUUGCGCCCAAGCCAGGCCAGCACCACUGGUAA